GUCGGUUCAAUUCAGGUGCUUGUGCACCUUUCCGAACACGUCAGAGGUUUCGACUACCAAUGGUUACCAUACCCACAGGCAGCAUCGUUCGAUAAGGACAAGGAAUGGAUUCCCAGUACACGUGAACAACACCAAAGGAGAUAUUUCCUCUGGUGUAAUCACGUUCGAUGGAAAACAGAUUCUUGGAAAGGUCGACGUCAGGAAUGAAAAAUCCUCGGCCGGAUUUGGUGGCAAAGAAAACAUGCUUGUCGGACCGGCGUGCGCCAACAACACCAUAGUACUGUGCCGUAAAGCAAGGCCUGGAUACAAGUUCGAUUAG